GAGACAAAAGACAGGAAAUGGAACAGGAUGGGGAUAUUCACCCUGGCACAGAAAUGGCAGAUGUAUUGUGACGUGAAAGAAAGGCUUUGAGAGGGCACCAGUAGAGAAAACAAGUGUGUGUGUGUGUGUGUGUGUGUGUGUGUGAGAUGUUCGCAUAUGUAUGUAUGUGCAUGCAUAUACAGGCUACAAACACAGAUCUACAGCCAAAGCAUGAAUGGGAGGUCUCAGACCUUUACUGAUUUUCAUGUAGCAGUUUCAGCUGGGGAACAAAAAAACAGAAGUAUUUCUUACAGUACUUCUUCUAAAGCAGCUGUCAAAGCUGAGACGUGAGGAUGAAUGUCAGUCAGCAGAACUUCUCCAUGUCAUGCAAGCGGGACACAAGUAUCUCCUCGGUCCUCUUCCCCUGCCUGUACUCUGUCCUGUUCCUCACUGCCAUCAUCCUCAACUGUCUGGCUGCCUGGAUCUUCUUUCAGAUCCACAGCACCACCACGUUUGUUGUGUAUCUGAAAAACGUAGUGGUGGCCGACCUGCUCAUGACGCUCACUAUUCCUAUAAAAGUAUUAACGGAUGCAGGGAUAGGCUCAGUAACGCUGAGGGCCAUCUACUGCCGCUACACGGCCGUGCUCUUCUACACCAUCAUGUACAUCAGCAUCCUGCUGCUGGGUCUCAUCAGCCUGGACCGCUACCUGAAAAUCGUGCGACCGUUCGGAAAGUGCGCCCUGCAGCGGGUCGGGGUGGGUAAAGCCUUGUGCGCAGGGGUCUGGACCGUCAUGGUGGCUUUCGCGCUGCCUAACGUGAUCCUGAGUAACCGUGAGUUUUCUGUGGGUCGCAGUGGGAAGCUGAAAUGCAGCAGCUUGAAGAGUGAGCUAGGCCUGCGCUGGCACGAGGGCUUUAACUACUUUUGCCAGGUGGUGUUUUGGGGGACUCUGUUUUUAAUGGCCAUCUGCUACACCUUCAUCAGCAGGAAGGUAUACGAGUCAUACCGAGCCUCAAGGAGCAGCUCCGGCACCGCCAGCAAACGCACAAAGUCCAAGGUGUUUGUCGUGGUCGCUGUCUUCUUCAUAUGUUUCGCUCCCUUCCACUUGGCCCGGGUGCCCUACACCCUCACUCAAACACGAGCCACAUCGGCACUUUGCUGGGCUCAGAACCAGCUCUACUUGGCGAAGGAGAUCACACUCUGGCUGUCAGCCACCAACAUUUGUCUGGACCCUCUCAUCUACGUCUUCCUGUGCCGAGCCUUCCGUAGGAAAUUAACCGCUACGCUCUGCCGCAGGCCUUUAGCCAAAGGAGCCCUCGAGUCCCCUACAGAGACCUCGACCAAGCAGGAGAUGCCCCAACUGAUGCAUUAUAACAAAUCAUUGACAUCAUCAUAAAAAUGAUACACUGGUUUGGAUUACAAGGGUGCCUGGAUUUGAUAUCAUUAUGUCUGAAAAUCAAAACAUCACAGAGUCAUUUUAUGAAAUGGUUUUUUAUUGUAUAUAACUGAAGUUUUUUUUUUUUUUUAUGCCUGUGAAUAGAUCCUGCAUGUGAUUUAGACUCAAGUUUGCCUUCGAUUUAAAAUGAAAGCAUGUGUACCAUCAAGAACUUUUUCCAUGGUAAACUCACUUGCUCCUAUGGCACUACUGUAGGGUACAUGGCUUAUACCAUGGUACAUACUUUGGUACAACAGUACAUGAACACAUAUAGUAUGGUACAUGGUUCUACCACAAUGGCUACCAAAGUUCAGCAGUUAUCUAAUAUGGUACGGCCCAUUAUUUAUCCCAUACCAGUUCCUUUUCUCAACAACAUCGAAUGAUGUUUCUGAUGUCAUAGUUAACCUCACCCCGGCACCAUGUGAAAGAAAAUCGCUUUUACCAAUCGUCGCAAAGCAGCUGCACAGAAUGAAAAGAAAAUUAGGGAAGUGAGUAUGAAAUGUGUAGGAAAAUAUGUAAGAAUCGAAAUUAUCCGAAUGUCCCUGAUGAGCAGGCAGAGUGGCAAGGGAAAAACUCCCUGACAUAACAAUAGGAAGAAACCUUUAGAGGAACCAGACUCUACAGGGAACGCAUCCUCAUUUGGGUGAUAACGAAUAGCAGGAAUUGUUUUGUAGUCGUCGUGGGUGUUAGGAAGCUGACAGUUCAAAUAUAACACAAGAUUAAAAGUUAAUAUGAAGUCCACAUUCAUUAUUGGAGGCUAAGCUGCAAAACUGUUUGGAUGUCCCUUUUGCCCACUUCAUUAAAAGAAAAGAUAUGUUAAGACCUAAUCUAUUUAUAAAGUUUCCAUUGAAUAUGAGAACUUUUCAUAAAAAUCAGCUCAGGGUGCGCUGUUUUAGGUAAACUUAAAGUAACAUUACUAUGAGACGAUCUAAUAAGCUACUGUAUAAUAACAGUAUUCUACUCCACAUUUUUGUUGGUCUAAACAGAACAUUACUAAAUGAUCAGUGCCAUACAGUAAUGCGCUAGUGAGCCCUAUUAACCUUGUCUCUAAGGUAUAUGUUUUUAGUAAUAUAAUUUAAACCUCUUUUUAAUGCAAAUAACAUACGGUAUACAAACUAUUCUAAACAUGGCUGGUGAAUAAUGAAUUAUGUGUUUGCUAAUACAAAAAUUUAUCUAAGAUAAAUCUGCUUUGAUAAGUAUGAAAACUAGCCGAAGUAGCAACUCUUUGGAAGAACUUUUAAACAUCAGCUGUUUUCCUGCAGAUUAACCUCUGUUGGGGUUUCCCUUUGUUUUCUUAUCUAAACUCAGCAGUUUUUGUUGUUAGUUUGAAUCCUCAUGUCAUUAUACUUUCUGUUUCUGCUUUAAAGAGUCAGAUAUUGUUAUAGGACCAGGGGUAGCUCAGUGGUUAAGGCAUUGGACUACGGUUUGGAAGAUCCCAGGUUCAAACCCCACAACCACCAAGUUGCCACUGUUGAGCUCUUGAGCGCGGCCCUUAACCCUCAACUGCUCAGAUGUGUAAUGAGAUAAAAAUGUAAGUCGCUCUGGAUAAGAGCGUCUGCCAAAUGACUAAAUGUAAUAGAAUCAUAGUUAA